UCCGAAACGCAGCAACGCCUCGUGCAGUUUCUUCGUGACACGGCAAGUAAAAGCCACACCAAAACUAUCACACGAGAAGGGUUUUUUUUUUUUUUUUUUUUUUUUUUUUUUUUUUUUGUAGCAGCGAGCUGUUGCAAAUGGCGUCGACGGUGGCGAGCCUGUCCACCCCGGCGACCUUCGCGGCCGCAGACGUGGUCCCGAGGAGGAAGCUCGUCGCCGCCGGCCGCGUCUGGUUCCCCGUGGCGCGCCGCGGCGGCGGCUUCGCGGUGAGGUCGAGCGGGCCGGCGACGCCGCCGGGGAUCUCCGACAAGGUGUCGGAGAGCAUCAAGAAGGCGGAGGAGACGUGCGCGGAGGAGACGGCCUCCGGGGAGUGCGCGGCGGCUUGGGACGAGGUGGAGGAGCUCAGCGCCGCGGCAAGCCACGCCCGGGACAAGCUCAAGGAGAACAGCGACCCGCUCGAGAACUACUGCAAGGAGAACCCCGAGGCCGACGAGUGCCGCACCUACGACAACUAGACCAUGCCUGUUUGCUAAAUUUGCCGCACACGACCGGAGGAUUUGCACGAAGCUUUAUGCUUCUCUGCCUGUAAUAUAUAUAUAUCCACUAUACUCGUGUGUGUGAUAUAGAUUGAAUAUAAGAACGAGUUAUCUUUCGAAAAUAAAUAUAUAAUAACGAGGUGGAAACCCGCUUGCUUGAUUCA